AUGUGUGGUAUUUUUGCUGUUUGCAACUAUCAAGGUGAUGUUGACGCCUAUCGUCAACGUGCUCUUUAUCUUUCCAGAAAGAUUAGACAUCGUGGUCCCGAUUGGUCUGGUUGUCAUGUUGUAAAGAACAACAUCAUGUGUCAUGAGCGUUUGGCUAUUGUUGGUGUUGGUUCCGGUGCUCAACCUCUUGUCAGCGAAGAUGGUAACCUUGUCCUCUGUGUCAAUGGUGAAAUCUACAACCACAAGCAUUUGCGCAACCAAUUGAAGAAGCCUCAUCACUUCAAGACUAGCUCUGAUUGUGAAGUCAUCAUGCACAUGUACGAUGAGAUGGGUACUGAUCUUGUCAACCAUUUGGAUGGUAUGUUCUCUUUCGUUCUCUUGGAUGUCAAGCGCAACCGUGUUGUUGCUGCUCGUGAUCCUAUUGGUAUUACCACUCUUUACUACGGUUGGAACUCCAAGAUGCCCGAAACUGUCUACUUUUCCUCUGAGCUCAAGAGUCUCAACGAAGAAUGUGACAAGAUCUUGGCUUUCCCUCCUGGUCAUGUCUACGACUCUGAGACCCAAGAGACCACCCGUUGGUUCAAUCCUACUUGGUGGAACGGUAGUAAGAUUCCCUCCAACCCUGUCGACUAUAAGCUUUUGAGAGAAUCUCUCGAGAAGGCUGUCCGUAAGAGAUUGAUGGCUGAGGUCCCUUAUGGUGUCCUGUUGAGUGGUGGCCUUGAUUCCAGUUUGAUCGCUGCUAUUGCUGCUCGCGAAGCUGAAAAGAUUGCUCAAGGCAAUGGUAAUAGCGAUGAUGACAACUUUGAUGAGAGUGGUCCCAAGUGCUGGCCUGGUGUACACUCCUUCUCUGUUGGUCUUCCCGGUUCUCCUGAUUUGCUUGCUGCCAGAGAGGUUGCCAAGUACCUCAAGACCAUCCAUCACGAAUACACUUUCACCAUCCAAGAAGCUUUGGAUGCUGUCAGCGAUGUCAUUUAUCACCUUGAAACCUAUGAUGUUACCACUAUCCGUGCCUCUACUCCCAUGUACCUCUUGUCUCGUAAGAUCAAGGCUAUGGGUGUCAAGAUGGUGUUGUCUGGUGAAGGUUCUGACGAAGUUUUUGGUGGUUAUCUUUACUUCCAUCAAGCUCCUGAUGCUGCUUCUUUCCAUUCUGAGUGUGUCGAUCGUGUCAAGAACUUGCACACUGCUGAUUGCCUCCGUGCCAACAAGUCUACUAUGGCCUGGGGUUUGGAAGCUCGUGUUCCUUUCUUGGACAAGGAGUUCUUGGAAGUUGCUAUGAACAUUGCUCCUGAGGAGAAGCGUCCUAACAAGGCUGAGGGUCGUAUGGAGAAAUACAUUAUUCGUAAGGCCUUUGAUACCUCUGAUGAUCCUAGUGCCAAGCCUUACUUGCCUGAUAACAUUUUGUGGAGACAAAAGGAACAAUUCUCUGAUGGUGUUGGUUAUAGUUGGAUUGAUAGUUUGAAGGCUGUCAGUGAAAACAAGGUCUCUUCUGAGGAAUUAGCACAAGCUGGUUCAAGAUGGUCAAAGGAUACACCUGAUACUAAGGAAGCUUAUAUGUAUCGUGUCAUGUUCGAACAAUGGUUCCCUCAACCUGCCUGUACUGCUUCUGUCGUGAGAUGGAUCCCUAGAGCUGAUUGGGGUUGUCCUUCUGAUCCCUCUGGUCGUGCCCAAAAGGUUCACGAACAAGCUUACGAAGAAAAGAAGUAA